UAGGAGCAGUUUGGAGGGCAUUCGAUGCCUAGCUAGAUGAGAACAUUUUAUUGAAAUAAAAUUUGGAGAUAUGUGAAUACAGUAGUUUGAUUAGAAUUUACCUUUAUAAAUCUUAGCUUUCGUCAAACGCGCUUGCGUUCGUCAGAAGGUUUCACUUAAGUCGGUGUAAGCGUUGCGUUUAGCAAUUAUGAUGGCGAUUUGACGUGCCAAGUGAAUAUUCAUGCCAAAUGUCUGAAAAUUUGGUGCGUUUUUACUAUCUAAUUUGAAACAUGGCGACUCCGACAAAUGGCAAUGGAAAUCUGGUCGACGAAUUCGAAGAAGCAUUUCAGCAAUGUCUGAAUGUCUUGACAAAAGAUGAAAGCCUUGGGAUCAACAACGUAGGCACGGGUCUAUCUGUUGACAAAGACGAGGCACGAGCAGAGGUCGAACAAGUUACUUUGAGGUUCAUAGAUCUUGCUCGGCAAAUGGAAGCAUUUUUCCUACAAAAACGUUUUUUGCUGUCCGCUUUGAAGCCUGAGUUAGUUGUCAAGGAAGACAUAAAUGACCUGAAAGUAGAACUUGUCAGGAAAGAUGAACUAAUCAAGAGGCAUUACGACAAAAUUGCCAUAUGGCAAAAUCUGCUAGCUGAUUUACAAGGCUGGGCCAAAUCGCCGGUACAAGGCCCUGCACCUAAUGGACUGGCAAAUGGUAGUGGAGUUCAGGCGCAACCACCUGGUAAUGGAAGUGGGGGGCCGGUAUUGCAACAACAGCAGCAGCAGCAACAACAGCAACAGCAGCAGCAACAACAGCAGCAGCAGCACCAACAACAACAACUCCAGCUACAACAGCAACUGCAACAGAUACAGCAGCAUCAACUGCAGCAGCAACAGCUCCAUCAACAACAGGUACAACAGGGUGCAGGUGCUCCGCCGCCUCAGGGUCUACAAGGCGUCGGCGUAUCGGUGGCGCAACAAGGGAUGUUCAUGUCACAAGGGGGUGGGGGAAGAGCAGGUGGCUUUGGGGUAGGAGGCGGUGCUUUACAGGGUCCACUCGCAUUCCUUGAGAAGACUACAAGCAAUAUAGGAAUGCCGGAAGGGCGGAGGUGACGCGGACGAGGGAGGGGGCGAGGCAGAGGUCGAGGAAGAGGCCGAGGCAGGGGACGUGGUUUAGCACAACCGUCCCUCCUCGAUCCUUCCGACCCUUCUUCGUAUGCUGCUGCUGCUGCAGCGCCCCUUCCCUCUCAACAACAGCAGCCUCCUCCUCCAUGUACUUAAAAUUCCUCUUCUUUCUUCGUUCGUUUUCUAUAGUUGAUUUUAUUUGGAGGAUUCAGUAAUUGUAGCAAUUACCAACAAUAUUUCUUUGCGAUUACAUUUAGUUUUUUUAUCAUAACGAUAAAACUUUUUUGUUCCAAUAUCCAAAUCUUGUUACCUACAUACUAAAUAAGAAGUACAAAACCUAUUUAGAAUCGUAUGUCAUUCUUCACGAUAGACUUUUUUUUUUGUAAUACGAAUCGUGAAUGUUAAUGUUUUUCAUGUUACAUUGGCGUAGAAAACUUUGACAUGCAAAUAAUAAUAGUAAGCAAUAUUUUUUAAAUACUAAUUGAGCAAUACAAGCAUAGAUUGGGCAUGCUACUGAUGAGUGUUUGGUUUCUCUCAAACCAAAUUGAUCAACCUGGUACGGGUACCAUUGUUACUUCAUAACUCUUAAAUCUGUUGUUAGGUACAGAUAUUUACUUUGUAUUGCUUCGCUACUUCAUAGACACGUACAUGUGGUAAACGACUUUGUUACUUGCUCUACAGCUUCUAAUGCUGUCAAACUCACUUAAAAAUUGUUUUAUAUUUAGUGAAUUAAAACGAAUUUGCUUCAAUUGUAUCAUAGCUGCAAUAAAUGCAACUAUAAUAGUACAUGCUUGAGGAUUCUUCAACAGCGAUCGAAGAAUCGGCAAUGUGUAUUUUGUAAAACAAUUUGUACAUACCUAUGAUAAUCAAAUAAUCCUUAGUUAUCGAGAUGUAAAUAGAAUUAGAUAAAUACAUCAUAGUCCUACUUAUCUUAUUCCACGGUUUAUAAAAUCACAUGUAAUCUUGAUUCAUGUAGAAAAUAAUCCAUUCUAUGAUGAAUAAAAUCGAGACUUCAUAGUAUAAUCCAAAUAUAGAUGUAUCUCAUACACUGUUAUAAACCAAAUCCGUUUUAUUUCAAUUCCGUCGGAUACUUACAUUGAUUACUUCAACAUAUUGAUAUAAACAUGGCAUCUUAGGUUACAUUACGUUUACUACAUCUAACAGUUUAUACAACGCCGUAUGAUACAUUGCUCUCGUGGAAGAGAUCAAAUCUGCCUCUUGUUUCGUUACUGCAUAAAAAGACGUUCAUCAGGUCAUAAUUUUCAAUACUUCAUUUUAUAUAACGUAGAAACUCUACGGUGCAUCAGUUGACUCAAGGAUGAUGAUGAUAAGCAGAAAGUUUUCGUUGUUAAUGGUACAUAUUACGAAUACUUAUAUUAUUAACGUUAUUUGCUAACGUAUUGACUUUUUGGUCAUGAUUCUUUGUCCCAAGUGAAGAAACAGUGGUACGAAUAAUGAACUAGAGGUAUACACUGGGUGCCUUUGGUAGCAGAAAA